AUGGUAGUGCAUACGGCCCAGUACAGCACCGGGGCUAAGCUGCCUGCCAUCCAGGACCUCUACACCAGGCGGUGUCAAAGGAAGGCCCUAAAACUUGUCAAAGACCCCGACCAUCCAAUUCAGAGACUGUUCUCUUUGCUACCGCAUGACCAGCUACAGACCAGAUACAACACACUGACUAAAGAGAGAUUCCAACUACAGACCAGUUACAACACCCUAACUAAAGAGAGAGACCAGCUACAGACCAGUAGUAAGACCCUGACUAAAGAGAGAGACCAGCUACAGACCAGUUACAACAACCUGAAUGAAGAGAGAGACCAGCUACAGACCAGUAGUAAGACCCUGACUAAAGAGAGAGACCAGCUACAGACCAGUUACAACAACCUGAAUGAAGAGAGAGACCAGCUACAGACCAGUAGUAAGACCCUGACUAAAGAGAGAGACCAGCUACAGACCAGUUACAACAACCUGAAUGAAGAGAGAGAACAAGACCAGCUGCAGAUGAGUUACAACGGGUUGACUAAAGAGAGAGACCAGCUGCAGAUGAGUUACAACGGGCUGACGAAAGAGAGAGACCAGCUACAGAUGAGUUACAAAGGGCUGACUAAAGAGAGAUGCUCUAAUGGAUGGAUGAGGUUUGAAGGCAGCUGUUACUACAUCUCUACUUUCUACAUCUCCACUGUGAAGAACACCUGGGAUUAUGCCAGACAGGACUGUCUGAGCAGAGGAGCAGACCUGGUUAUCAUAGAGAGCAAAGAUGAACAGGCGUUCAUCAAUGGGCUUAAAUCAGUCAGUCAUGUCUGGAUUGGUCUGACUGACUCUGUUACUGAGGGGACCUGGAAAUGGGUGAACGGCACCCCACUAACCACCCCAAGGUUCUGA